CUUCACACACUGACCAAAUUAACCACCAAAACCAUGGCUCCUGCUAACCACCUUCUCAUUUCCUGCAUUCUCUUCUGCUUCAUCAUUGCAGUAUCUGAAGCCCAGCCCUCAUUCCGCCCAAAAGCACUGAUCCUCCCAGUUACCAAAGACCCAUCAACCCUUCAAUACCUCACUCAAAUCAACCAAAGAACCCCUCUCGUCCCGGUGAAGCUCACCCUCGACCUCGGUGGCCAGUACCUCUGGGUCGACUGCGAGCAAGGCUACGUCUCAUCAUCGUAUAAACCGGCCCCUUGCAGGUCGGCUCAAUGCUCCCUAGCCAACUCCAAAAGCUGCACCACAGAAUGCUUCUCAUCCCCAAGACCAGGCUGCAACAACAACACAUGCGGCCUGAUGCCCGACAAUACCGUGACACGAACCGGUACCUCGGGCGAUCUCGGUCAGGACGUAGUUACGAUCCAAUCAACCGAUGGGUCCAAUCCGGGCCAAAUCGUCAAAGUUCCAAACUUUCUCUUCACUUGUGGCGCCACAUUCUUGCUAGAUGGACUUGCAAAGGGUGUCAAAGGCAUGGCUGGACUAGGAAGGAACAAAAUCGCCAUGCCUUCACGAUUCUCUGCCGCCUUCAGCUUCCAAAGAAAGUUUGCUGUUUGCUUGACUUCGGGCAAAGGAGUCGUCUUCUUUGGAGACGAACCUUAUGUAAUGCUACCGAACAUUGACAUCUCCAAGUCAUUGAUCUACACACCAUUGAUUCUCAACAAGGUCAGCACAGCCUCUGCCUACUUCGAAGGCGAGCCAUCUUCCGACUACUUCAUUGGAGUAAACUCAAUCAAAAUCAACAACAAAAUUGUCCCAAUCAACACAGCUCUGCUCAAAAUCAACGAAGAGGGCUUUGGUGGAACGAAGAUCAGCACUGUUCAGCCAUACACCGUCCUCGAAACUUCGAUUCACAAAGCUGUGGUUGCCACUUUCGCCAAGGAGCUAAGUGGAGUGCCUAGAAUGGCAGGGGUUAGGCCGUUCGAGCUGUGCUACAACUCGACUGCGAUUGGGAGCACACGAGUUGGGCCGGCUGUGCCACAGAUCGAUCUGGUGUUGCAGAGCAGCAACGUGUACUGGAGGAUUUUCGGGGCGAACUCGAUGGUUCAAGUGAAGAGUGAUGUGAUCUGCCUAGGGUUUGUGGAUGGUGGGGUGAAUCCCAGGACUUCGAUUGUGAUUGGUGGGCAUCAGGUGGAGGAUAAUCUGCUGCAGUUUGAUCUUGCUGCUUCCAGACUUGGGUUCAGCUCUUCUCUGUUGUUCAGGCAGACUACUUGUGCCAAUUUUAACUUCACUUCCACUGCUUGAACCGAAGUGGGUGAUUCAUGAUUGUGUAUUUGUGCAAUUGAACCAAAAAGGUGCCAACUUUGGUGCUUUGCAUACAGCUUACAUGUUAUAAGUGUAUAUCUGUUCCUUUGUUCUUGUGAUUUAUAUAUUGGAGGGAUCAUGUGGCAUAUGCGGAGAUGUGGUGGUGGCAUGAACUGGAUUGGUGAAAUAAAAGAUUGUUAAAGAACUUUUUCAAGGACUUGUGGUCAACAUCUUUGGAAGGAUUUUCAUAUUUAAAAGGCGGGAAAGUGACCUCCUAUAUUUGGUCUAAUCCUUUGUGCCGUGGGAUUUGGAUUAAACUAAUGCCACUUCCUUUAAAAUAUUCAUGCUUGAAGAUAAAGAUGUGAUAAUCUUCCAAAUGCUUUUUAAGAUUGCUUCCUUCCACUGCAAUAGAUUAUUGAUCUGGCA